CCAUGAUUUAAAGGGGAAGAAGAUGUACAUCAUCCUAAGCCUGGAGACAUCUUGUCUCAAAAGUGUUUGAUCGUCGUCAGUGAUCAUGGUGUGUCCAGCAGGAUGGCUUCAGUCCAUAAUAUGGAUCUCUGUGAUGACAACAGGUUUGCAGUGUGAACAGUAUGGCGUUUCUCAUAUUAUCAGCAGAAUGUGUGCUGUCCAGCAAUCAACAGUGCUCAUACCGUGCAAAUACACUCAUCCCAAACAUGAGCGAGUGAGUGCAAUGUCAUGGCUCUAUGAGAAAUCACCAGAGGAGAAGGUCAGAGUACUCUCUACGGACCCUGUGUUUAAAGGCCGUGUGGAGUUUGUGGAGUCUUCCGAAGCAGGCAGAGGGAACUGCUCUCUGCUGCUGAAGGACGUGAGAAAGGAUGAUGAGGGAAUCUUCCACUUUGUGUUCAGGAUGGAAAAUUCAGAGAAAAACUGGACAAACAUUCAUGGAAUCCAUCUAGAAAUAACAGACGCUGAGGUGGAGAUACAGCCAGAUGUUGUAAUGGAGGGAGAUGGGAUUCUGCUUACAUGUGGGUCAUGCAUCCCUUCCAUCAUUUUACCAACGUAUAUCUGGAUGAAAGAGGGCCGUUUGCUCAGUCAGCACCAUGGGAACAACAUACUGUAUCUGGAUCCUGUCAAGCUGGAGGAUGGAGGACAAUAUUCCUGCACUAUAAGCGGUCAUGAGAGACUCACCUCCUCAACUGUUAACAUCAGUGUUAUACCUGGAUAUCCUCCAGAGAAUGUGUCAGUGUCCAUCAGUGGAUCUGGUGAAACAGUUUUGGGUGAUUCAGUGACUCUGACCUGCAGCAGUGAUUCAAACCCACCUGUUCUGAACUACACCUGGUUUAAGGAGAAUGAAACCUCAUCUGUUGGAUCUGGACAGAGUUACAGUGCACUACAGAGUGGAUUCUUCUACUGUGUGGCUCAGAAUCAACAUGGAUCUCGGAGAUCAGCAGCUGUAUCAAUCACAUUUACAGUAAGUGUCUCUCCGAGUUUGAGAUUGGUCUGUGAACAGUCCUUUACAGUUUUCUUAUUAAAUUUCAAAGAAAACGGCCCAUCUUUGAACAUAGUCGUUCCAGCUGUUGUCAUAACAUCUGUGAUUCUGACGGUUGCCACUGGGCUGUUUAUACGAAGGAAAAGAGUUCCUCCAUCAGAAGAACAAAACAGCAGAGGACUACAGCACAAUAAAAAGAUUGAGUCUCCUGAGGACACCUACAUGACCCUUGACCCCAUGUCCAGAUGCUCGGAUUAUGACACACUGCAUAAUGUAAAGAGAUCCUGCAGUAAUACAGGCGACCCUGAAGUUCAGGAACCAACAUAUUAUAACACAGACAAUUAAAUAUUCCACCUCUUUCAUUUUCCUUUAUUAAGUUAAACUCAUUUUACAGCAUCAUGUUGAUUACCACAAAAAGGUAUUUCAACUCAUCCUGCCUUUUCUUUAAAAAGGAACAAUCUGAGAUCCAGUGAUAUAUAACUCUGAACUCUUAGCUUGACUCCUGUGAGCUCUAUUUUCAUCUUUGCAACUUUCAGAAGCAUCGCAUUGCUUGCAUUUAUUGGUUGUAUGCAGUAAUAUACAAAUAUGUUCUGUAUUGUUGAGAAUUUGAUCUAUAAACUUUGAUUUGACUUCA